UUCGGGCGGUCAGUGGUUCUUGAUAAACUUUGACCGCCGCUUGCUUAGCAUCACCGACGAGCACCGGACCGGGGAGGAAUAACACAGAACCGGGCCCCCGGUUUGACAAGUCGCCCCGUGUCCGUUUUGCCGGUUCGCCUGUUGCUGGGCGAGAGCUUCAGGUGCGGACACCUGGAACGUGUUGCUAUGAAGCGUCCCUGCAACCAAUCAGCCCUGCCGAGCUCCGAGGCGGACCGGUCCGACUUGCCCACGGACGGCGGGGACUGCGGCCAGGCGGCAGUGGCGGACAGGCGGCCGCCUUUGGGGGGCGCUCACAGGCCCAAGAGGGAACGCAAACAGCGCAGCUACACUAUGUGCGACAUUUGCAACAUCCAGCUCAACUCGGCGGCGCAGGCUCAGAUUCACUACAAUGGCAAGUCGCACCAGAAGAGGCUCAAGAAGAACUGUCAUGCAGGCAAGGCGGCAAACAACAAAGGUACGUCGGGGCAGGGCGGGCCGCUUCUGGCCUCGCUGCCCGUGGCGCGACAGCCGCUGCAGCCUCAGCUGGACCUCAAGCACCUGCUGCCGUUCCGGCUCAACGGGUCCUCGCCGCUCAGCCUCUUCCCCAACUUCAACACGAUGGACCCCGUGCAGAAGGCAGUGAUCAAUCACACCUUUGGCGUCCCGCAGCCCUUCAAGAAGAAGCAGAUCAUCUCCUGCAACAUUUGCCACCUGCGCUUUAACUCCACGAACCAGGCGGAGGCUCACUACAAGGGCCACAAGCACGCGCGCAAGCUCAAAGCCAUCGAGGCUCAGAAGAACAGACAGCGGCGGGCCGGCCAGGCCUCGUCCGGCGGGAGGGUGCGUGACAGAGAGCGGGACAAGACUAAGACGUCGGAGGUGGUGGCGCCACCGUCUGUCGUGGACUCCAGCUCAGAGGAAGCAACAAGACUUCAGUCAGACCUGGAAGCGUCCGCCCUGGACGUCAAGAUGGCGGAAAGUCCCAGGAGCUCAGUCAUGCUGACGCCGGUGUCUGACGUGUCGGCCAGUGAGCUGGCGGCGCUCUCCCCGCCGCAGAUCUCGCUGUCCUCGCGGCUGUCCGAGACGGCUUCUGACUCCGGGAACCCGGAGGCAUCGGAUGCCGCCGAAGUCUCUCUGGAGGUCGGAGACUUGGGCGGCCGGGCGGACACGUCCGAUGCCGGCGUGGAGGCGCAGGCGGACGAGGACGGCAAAAAGAGCAAAGCACACCUCCAUUGUCCUGUCUGCAAAGUGACGAUGAACUCCACAUCCCAGCUAGAAGCCCACAACAGCGGUACGAAGCACAAGCUGAUGCUGGAGGGUCAGAGCGUGCUGCCCCGCCGCCGUGGCAAGAUGGCGGCGGCUCGUGCCAACUGUAAGAGCAAGAGGCUGGCUAGCAAAGGCAGCCUGGGCGUGUCCAGCAAGAGCUUUCAGUGCGAAUUGUGCGAGAUCUUUGUCAACUCAGAGAUGCAACUCAGCCAGCACAUGAACAGCAGACGGCACAAGGAUCGAGUGGCUGGAAAACCUCCCAAGCCCAAAUUUACCCCACACAGCAAGAGCCAGCAGACCAGCUUAGCAAGCAUGCGAUGGAGCGGCUGUGCAGGCGCGGCUGUGUCGGCCAUGAAGAAAGCUUUGGGCCAGUACAGGCUCACCUCAAUCUCCUCGCAGACCAAACUGGCCUUGCAGAAGCAGCUGACCAAGAGCUUCACUGCGGGCUUCCUGCCCGGCCCCCUCACGCCGCCCACCCUGUGCACGGUGGCCGCCAACCCGCUGGCACUGCGCCACCCGUUGGCCGCCGCCUCCGCCGCCUUCAUGCAGACACCCUUCCUGGGGCCUGCGUUUUUCCGGCCCGCGCCGGGGCCUCUGCGGGCCGCGCACGCGCCCAUCAUCUUCUCCCCAUACUAAUUCCCCGCUAGGUGUCCCCCCUCUCUGUGUGACCAAACUAUGCAGUCAGCCUGACUUAAGGAAAGAGUGGCAGGACCCCCACAACACGCCUUCUUACCGUUCCAGUAGUCACCAGUGAGGAAGCGGGGGCCGCAUUGAUAGCCAUUACAUGGGUGAGGGGUGCUCGGGGGACAUUACGGCUGUUACCGUGUCGUUUCGUAGACCAGUCUAGCUGUACGUUUAAGGUAAUCUCCCUUUACUUCAGCGCUUUCCAAAGUGUGAGCCAGAGAACCUCAGGAGCUUGGCAAAAAAAAAUAAGACAAUGUAGAGUCAGCUAUGACUAUAUGGACAAAAGUAUUUCUGAGGCAAGGAUUUCUAAGUAGCAGGUGUGGCAGCUUGAGAAAAAUGAGGGGAAAAACAGCAACCUUUUUAAAAAUACGCUACGCUAACCAGUUAGCAGUUAGUUACUUCAGCAGCUUGACAAAAACAAAGAACGAUGUUGACAAAAGUAUUAGACAGACGGGGGACUACAGCAGAUUGAGAAAAACAGCAACUUUUUUAAAAUGUUAACUUCAGCUUGAACUACUUAGACAAAAGUAUCUGUGAGGCAGAGGACUUCACAGAAAGGGAGAAAAAAAACGUUUUAUUUCUGCUAAGCUAACUUCAGCUACAACGCCAUACGCACUGUGAGUCACAAGAAUUCAAAGUAGGUGGUGACGCAGCUUGAAAUAAAAGGAUUCUGCUUUUUAAAAUGUUAUAAGCUAACUUUAGCCGCUUUGACGCUAUUGACAGUAGGUAUUUGCGAGGCAGAGGAACCCAAUGGAAGAGGAACAGCAGCAUAAUAAAAAUAAUGAAAAAACAAGCUUUGCUUUAAAUGAGCUAAGAUAACUUCAGCUACAGAAGUUUUUGUGAGGCAAGGGACUUCAGCAU